AGAAUCUCCUCUUUGUUUUAUGUUUCAUUGCUUCUGUGUAAGAAGACAAAUCAUUAACCUUGGAUCUCUCUCCCAUAGCUCUACCCUUCCUACUAGGAAGAACAGGCUCCUCCCAGUCCCCAGAGCCAUACUGCCUAGCAACAGCUGUACCAAGCAGGACGCACAGACCUCCCUGGAGCUCCACCACAGGAUUCAGAGAUACAGACAGCCCAGCUGUUCACUUGUAUCUAUAAUGGACGCCGUGAACACCAUCAUGGAGAAGCUGAGGGCCCAGUGUCUGUCCCGAGGGGACUUGGGCAUCCAGGGACUGGCCAGGUUUUUCCGUCGCCUGGACAAGGAUGGCAGCCGGUCCCUGGAUGCAAAGGAGCUGAGGCAGGGCCUGGCACAGCUGGGACUGGAGAUGGACGAGGCAGAGGCAGAGGCAUUAUGUAGGCGCUGGGACUGUGAUGGCAGUGGGACCCUGGACCUGGAGGAGUUCCUACGGGCACUACGGCCACCCAUGUCCCAGACUCGGGAAGCUGUCAUUGCAGCUGCCUUUGCCAAGCUGGACCGGACUGGGGAUGGUGUGGUGACCGUAGAUGACCUGAGAGGGGUGUACAGUGGUCGGGCUCACCCCAAGGUGUGCAGUGGAGAGUGGACAGAGGAUGAGGCCCUCCAACAAUUCCUCGACAACUUUGACACCUUUGAGAAGGAUGGGCAGGUCACACUAGAGGAGUUCCAAGACUACUACAGUGGACUCAGCGCCUCAGUGGAUACAGACCCAGAGUUUGUGGCCAUGGUGAGCAGUGCCUGGCGCCUGACAUAGCUUACCUCACCCGCCUAACAACUGCACUUAGUCUAGUUCCUCGAUCCGACUGCCACCCUCUGCCGCCACUGUCCCAGGGGGCCCCAACUAGACACAACAAGGAGGGGGGAUGUGUGAGAAUGGAGGCUGAAGAACCAGCUGGACCAGGUCUCUUGCAGGGCCACCCACAAGCCUAGCAAUGGCUGGAUUGAUUACUGACCCCAU